CGUACACUCAAAACUCGGACCAGCCGCUCCGCGGCUCCUCCAAUCCCUGGAAAGGGCGAGCGAGCGCCCUCCGGACCGCGGUGCGCACCCCUGUUCCAGAGGCGUCCAACGCGGCUCUAGUCCUGUUCCCAAGGGCCGCCGCUUCGGCCGAGCGUUCCCGAAAAUCAAGCAGGGAGGGAAGGGAGAGACAGAUCCUGAAAACACCCAGGCCACACACGCCGCGACCUCAGCUCUUGCUCAGCGUCCGAGUGGAGACGGCGCCCCCGGCGCUCUGCGCCCGCCAGACCCGCGCCGCUGCCUGGGAAGAGCCCACCUGCCGGGCCGCGCUCAGCCGGCGCCGCGAGUAGGGCUUGUCGCUGUCCAGUUCGGGCCGUGACCGGGGCUCCGGGCGCCCUCCCCUCUACUGGCUUGAAGUUCAACGAUCCGCUCUGCUGCCGACCCCUCUGGCCUUCCGAGAGCCCCCCGCGAUGCAGGGAGCGGACGCGCGGCGCCGAGCCCUGGCCAUGGCUGGGGCGCGCUGGCUGCUGUGUCUGUGGCUGGGCUGCUCCUGUGUGAGCCUGGUGCAGGGAGACGGACCCAAGCUGCAUUCGCCCGAGCUCCGCAAAGCUGUGCCAGGCGACCGCGCAGCAGGUGGUGGCCCGGGGCCCGAGCUGCAGCCGCACGACAAGGUGUCGGAGCACAUGCUGCGGCUCUAUGACAGGUACAGCGGCGGCCGCAGGGUCCAGGCGGCGCGGAUGCCAAGCUCCCCUGAGCGCGGCUGGAGGUCCCCGCGUCCCCAGCCCCUGCGGGAAGGCAACACGGUUCGCAGUUUUCGAGCGGGAACAGCAGGAACUCUUGAAAGUAAGGGACUGCAUAUUUUUAAUCUGACUUCUCUAACCAAGUCGGAAAAUAUUUUAUCUGCCACACUGUAUUUCUAUAUUGGAGAUCUAGUGAACAUCAGUCGGAGUUGUCCAAUAUCCCAAGGAUGCUCACAUCGUGCUCAGAGGAAACACAUUCAGAUAGAUCUCUCUGCUUGGAUCCUCAAAUCUAAUAUAAAUCGAAGUCAUCUCCUGGGUAAUCUGUCAGUGGAGGUAGCCAAACAUCAUCGAGACAUCAUGUCCUGGCUAUCUAAAGACAUCACUCAACUCCUGAGGAAAGCCAAGGAAAAUGAAGAGUCCCUCAUAGGAUUUAACAUUACCUCCAAAGGACAUGAGCUUCCAAAGAGGAUGUUACAUUUUCCAGAGCCUUAUAUCUUGGUGUAUGCCAAUGAUGCUGCCAUUUCUGAGCCAGAAAGUGUGGUAUCAAGCUUACAGAGACACCAGAAUUUCCCCACAGUAGCUGUGCCCAAGCUGGAUAGCCACAUUAGAGCCACCCUUUCUAUGGAACGGAGGAAGAAGCGCUCUACUGGGGUCUUGCUGCCUUUGCAGAACAAUGAGCUCCCUGGGUCAGAGUAUCAGUAUAAGGAGGAGGGAAUGUGGGAGGAGAGGAAGCCUUACAAAACCCUCCAGACACAGCCCCCAGAGAAGAGUAAGAACAAAAAGAAGCAGAGAAAGGGAGCUCACCAGAAGAGUCAAACACUGCAGUUUGAUGAGCAGACCCUGAAAAAGGCAAGAAGAAAGCAGUGGAUUGAACCUAGGAAUUGUGCCAGGAGAUACCUGAAAGUAGACUUUGCGGAUAUUGGCUGGAGUGAAUGGAUUAUCUCUCCCAAGUCCUUUGAUGCUUACUAUUGCUCUGGAGCGUGCCAGUUCCCCAUGCCAAAGUCUUUGAAGCCAUCAAAUCAUGCAACAAUCCAGAGUAUCGUGAGAGCUGUGGGGGUCGUUCCUGGGAUUCCCGAGCCUUGCUGUGUACCAGAAAAGAUGUCCUCACUCAGUAUACUAUUCUUUGAUGAAAAUAAGAAUGUAGUGCUCAAAGUAUAUCCUAACAUGACAGUAGAGUCUUGUGCUUGCAGAUAACCUGGUGAAGAACUCAUUGGAAUGCUUAAUUCAAUCAUUAGUUUAUU